UCUCUCUCUCUCUCUCCCCCCUCUCUCCCUCUUCUCUUCCUGUUUUUUUUGCAUCCCCUUCUCCCAAAUCGGUGUCCCCCCGCUAUUCUCUCCUCCCCCUCCUCCUCUCUUUCUUUCUUCCUUCCUCUCUUUCUCGCCUCUACAUAGUCGUCCUUUCCUCCCCCCUUUUCUACAUCUCCCCUCUCUGUUUCCUUGUGACGACUCUUCCCACCCAGUCGGUCACGUCUCCCCGGGUUUCUCCCUCUCCUUUUCAUUCAUGUCCACUAUGGCUUUCCAGAACAAGUCGACAGGCGCCGCUCCCGCCAGCGCUCCUGCCGUUCCCACCAGCACCCAGGUCCCUGCCGCUGUGCCGGCUGCCGCCCCCUCUCAGACCAUCACUGCUGGCAUUCGGCCACAGCUUCAGAACAUUGUUGCCUCGCUCAACCUGAACUGCGCGCUGCAGCUGCGUGACAUCGCCACCAAGGCCCGCAAUGCCGAGUACAACCCUCGGCGCUUCUCCGCGGUGAUCAUGCGCAUCCGCGAGCCGAAGACCACUGCCUUGGUCUUCGCCUCCGGCAAGAUGGUCGUCACCGGGGCUAAGAGCGAGAAUGAGUCGCAGUUCGCUGCGCGCAAGUUCAUGCGCAUCAUUCAGAAGUGUGGUUUCAAGGUGGACUUCAAUGAUUUCACCAUCCAGAAUGUGGUCGGGUCAUGCGAUGUGCGUUUCCCCAUCCGUCUGGAGGGGCUGCAGAACACCCACGGCAGCUCGUCCAACUAUGACCCGGAGCUCUUCCCGGGGCUGAUCUUCCGCAUGCACGACCCGAAGGUCGUGCUGCUGAUUUUCGUCUCCGGCAAGAUUGUCCUGACCGGGGCAAAGCGGUGCGAGGAAAUCGAACAGGCCUUCGAGCGCAUCUACCCCGUGCUUCUUGAGUACAAGAAGCACUAAGCGCCAGACGAAGAGAUCGCGGGAGGCAGCAAACCACAGGGAGAGGGGGAGUGUCGGGGGAGCGCCCGGGGUGCGGGAAAGUGCCCUCUGCCUGCUGUCCACGACGGUGUUGCGCAUGUGUACAUCCUACAGCGCCAGUGGGGGCAGUGUGCAUCUCUCCCUGCCCUCUCCUCCCUCCCUCCUCUCUUCCUUUUUGUUGCUGCCUCCUUCACACACGCACAGGCACAUUCGCAUGUGUCUGUGUUCGUGUCCCUCUUCCCUCUGCCAGCCCGCUCCCUCUUCACAUUUCUUCUUCUUGCGGCGCGCACACAGCCCGGCACACGUCUACGGCGGCGCCUUCACACCCAUUCUCUCACAUCCUAGUCAGAGAAAAGGACGGGGGGUACGGUUGAGAGCGGGUGGUGAGAGAGCACCUGUGGUGACCAUCUGAGCAGGGGUGACUCCCUGGUCCGAUGUUCCUUCAUCCCCUUCUCCUCCUCCCCUUCUCCCUCCCUCUCCGGGGGUGUGUAUGGUGGUUUAUGUGCGCCAGUUUGCGUGUGUGCGCGCGCGCGCGCGCGCGCAAAAGCCGGCGAGGCAGAGGGGCCCAACGGCCCACUCCCCGCUCUUCCCAUCCGUCCUUGUAUAUUAUCCCCAUUCAACAUAUCCCCCCCCCCCGGCAUCUGGGCCGACGCCCCUCCGGCGUGCGCGGGGGCUGCUGUGCGCUCUCCCUCCUUCCUCCCCCCCCCCUCUCUCUUUCUCCUUCCUUGUGCAUAUGUGCGUGAGCGCGCUGUUGGCUUUGAUACCUGCACGGGGCUGUCUUCUUCGUUUUGUGCGCGUGCAUGGGGGCUGUCCCGCCCCUCUCCUCGCGCGAGACAGCAACGUGUGUGGUACUCAGUCUGCCGAGGAGGCUCACCGGGGCCGCCCCUCUUUCCCUCUCCAUGAGGGAGAGAGACCACGGCCGACGGCUGUGGGGCGGCGUGCCGCCGCACACCCACAUGGGGACGCGUCAUUGGAGAAGGUCCAAGUACCUCCUCUAUAUUCCGCGCCGCCCAUGGUGUGUUUCCCUCGUGUGUGUUCCUCCAUGGCCAGACACAAGGAGUCCUGCUGAUGUGCGUGUGUGCGUGUGUCUGCGGCAGCACAUGCACACCCACACCCACACCGAGUGCACACCAUGCCUCGGGUCAGCGAGUGAGCGAGAGAGACAGCCGGAGAAGAAGGGAGGAGUCGCAGAGGGCGGCUCCCGCGAAAGAAGCCAUUUGAGUUUUUUCAAAAUGACAGUUAAAAAUGACAAAAAUCUCAACAUUCUCCUGCUGCUGCCCGCGGUCCCUGCGCCCUUUCCCCUCCAUGCUGCUUCCUGGCCCGCGUUCUUCGCGGGCCGCGGAGGCGCGGGGAACAGUGCCGGACAGCGCGCGAGGCGGCAGCCUUCCCUCCCUCAAUAUCCUUCUUUUGCCCUUUAUUUCUUCCUAGAAUGUCUGCCAUCCUUCCUCCGCUCUAGACAGAAAAACAAAAAAAAUACAAAAACUUCCAAAA